AUGUUAGUUUGGGAAUGGCGACGGAAAUGGCGACAAUAUAUUCGUAAUAGGCGGCCACCAUCACGUGCAACAUAUCAGCAAUUAACAAAAAGGUAUACAAGAGUUUCAUUCGUUCUCUUCGUUAUAGGAUGGCAUAUCAUCGGCUUUGUAAUAUGGAAGAAAGUAGAAAAAUGGAGGGAAGAUAAUCCACAGGAAAGAGUGUUGUUAAGUGAAAUGCCCAAGAAAGGUUUCAUGGAAUUUGCAGAAGAGGAGGAAGGGGGUAUCGACUUUAAAGGUGAUGAGUGA